ACACACCGUGAGUGCGGUUCACACGCCAAGGUGUCGAGGCGGGAGCUGAGGCUGAGUGGCCCAGAGGAAAGUGAAGAAAUCCAGGAGAAACUGAAGAAAAUGGUGCAGAAAAAUAACAUUCAGUGCUCAAUCAGGCCGUACAGAGCCUCGGACAGGGACCCGGUCAUCUCCUUGUUUCGCUUUGGCAUCCUGGAGCACGUCUACCCGGCCUUCUUCAAAGCCAUGUGCCACAAAGACCACGUGGGCAUCGCGCUCAGCAUCUCCGUGGCUGGUUAUGUGUUGGGCGGAAGCUCUUACUGCAUGGCUCUGUUGUUUGGUGGCGCUUGGGCUGCCUUGGUCUACUACUGCUGCCACGAGAUCUACGACAGUUACCUCAGCAGGAAGCUGGAUAUGGAGAUGGCCGACAUCCAGGGCAGUUUUCUGGACAACCCGGUCAAUAACUUCUGGGUGGCAGAAGCCGAAAUCGACGGGCAGAUCAAGGUCGCAGGGCUGCUGGCUGUAGUGGGCAUGAAGUGCGGCCUGAUGAACGACAUGAACGAUGGCUGGAAUGGUGGCGCGGUGGACGUGGCAUCUCUUGAAGGAAGUGCGGGGGAGGUGUUCAAACUGGUGGUCUCUUUUCCACUGCGGCGGAAGGGAAUUGGCACCCAACUGACGGAGAAGGCAGUCGAAUUCUGCAAAGAGCAAGGCCUCUCUCGACUAGUCAUAGAGACAACUUCUGCUCAGGUUGCCGCCAUCGCCCUGUUCCGCAAGCUGGGCUUCAUUCAGACCUCCAGCCACAGUAGCACGCAUGCUAACCGGUGGAUCUCCAAACUAGCUCGUAUCAACGUUCUCCGCAUGGAGAAGUUCCUCUAAAUUUGUAGCUUUAGGUAGUUUUCACACCUGUAGUUUGUAGAAACUGAUUUCUGGUUGAAUCAGUUAAUUAGUUAAUUGUUCACUUGCAGUGUUUUCCCCCCUUGGUUCAGUUUCACAUAAGAAAAAUUCUGCUGGAAAAUAAAGAAAACUUCCACUGCACUUUAGACUUUAGACUUACAGUGGUUGGACAAUGAAAUUGAAACACCUGUCGUUUUAGUUUGGGAGGUUUCAUGGCUAAAUUUGACCAGUCUGGUGGCCAAUCUUCAUUAAUUGCACAUUGCACCAGUAAGAGCAGACUGUGAAGGUUCAAUUAGCAGGGUAAGAGCACAGUUCCAGAGUUCAAAAGAGGACAAAUAGUUGGUGCACAUCUUGCUGGCGCAUCUGUGACCAAGACAGCAAGUCUUUGUGAUGUAUCAAGAGUCACAGUAUCCAGGGUAAUGUCAGCAAGAUACCACCAAGAAGGACCAACCACAUCCAACAGGAUUAACUGUGGACGCUGUAAGAGGAAGCUGUCUGAAAGGGAUCCUACUGAGAACUCCUUUUAGAAGCUCUAUUUUAUUUGUUAAAUUCUGCAUUUGGUGAAGAAUUGGAGUCCCUCACCAGUGAAGACAACUUAAGACACAUCAAACUGCGUUAUGCAAUUUGAAUUGACCCGUCAGACAGCCGCAUGAGCCUCACCGGAAAGCAGUGUCAUUUAGGAAUUCUCCGUUGAGCCUCUUUGUCACUACAAAUUUCAUAUCAAAUAAUCACUUCCCAGCUGAGAUCAUACAUACAGGGCUGUUGUAAAAUGAAACACUGUUUGAAAUAUUGCCAAAAAAAAACACAUUAAUGAACCAAAGUUACAAAGAGCGAUCAUUCAAACCUGUCACGAAGGACUAAACAAAGAGCUGAACAAUAAACUAUAUAUAAAGA